GGUACAAACCGUACCUGCAAAGGUAAUGUUAGCUAAUGUGGCACAGCACGGGCGCUGCCUUCAUGCGCUUUGUUUAUGUGUGAAUUACGAGUGCACAGCCUUCGAUUAUUAAGUGUUGAGAUAUUUGCAAGCAUCACGGAAGACCAACCCACGGUAAACCCGACUAGCGUAGCUGGCCAUGAGCACCGUUCCAGAGUAACAUCAUUGGACAUUGUGGAUGCAAAGGAAAGGUAGUAGAGCGCACUUUCAACGAUGCAAACGAGCGGCAGUACUUCGAAUAAAUUCAUGCCCAUUCAUCAAUGGUGCGGACGGCGGGAGCGUGGCUUAGGGCCACGUUUUGGCGAUGCAGAUACAAUCCAUCGGACCAUCUACCGUUCACUGGAACCGAAGAAAAUAUGGAACGAUCCCGGCCGUUUUCCCGGCAUUGUGCGCGACUACGGAGGUGCGUUUAAUUUAGAAUUUUCCCCGGAUGGCACGUUACUGGUGGCAGCCUGCCAAAAGAAAUCGAUCGUACUGUUCGACCCGCUGACGGAGAUACAGAUCUGUGCGGUGAAGAACGCCCAUACGGAGUGUGUGAACUGCAUAAAGUUUAUUGAUCAUCAAAUAUUUGCCACCUGUUCCGAUGACACCACAGUCGCGCUGUGGGACAUCCGCAAUCUGACCACGAAGCUUCGUACCCUGAACGGGCAUAGCGGUUGGGUGAAGAACAUCGAGUACUCUAAGCGAGACCGUAUGCUGCUGUCGUCUGGAUUCGAUGGAUCGGUUUACGGAUGGGAGAUCAACAACUACACUGAGUACGGGUCCGUGUAUCGCCGGGUACUUCACACCUCCGGACUGUUGCGCUCUCGUCUAUCGCCGGACGAAAGCCGUCUUGUACUGAGUAUGAGCAGCGGUUAUUUGAUCAUUAUCCAUGAUCUUGAUCUCGCCAAUCUGGCAGGCGAUCUCGAAGGAUUCUAUCCCAACGUGUAUCGCUUAAUGCAAGUCGGCCGACAGCUGAUUCCGAUGGCGGCACGAUUCAGGCACUUGUUUUAUUCCAAGCGCAAGAAAAACCGCAUCGAGCUGGUGACGGACUUUCCACCCAACAAUAAUCCGGAAAUGAUUAGCUCACUAGCAAUACACCCGCAAGGUUGGUGUACACUCACCCGUAACGUUUCAAGUGACGAAAUGACCGAAUGGUCCGUAGUGCACGAUAUACAGGAGCUACCGCACGAUGAGGAAUCCGAUGAAGACGAGGAGGAGCUAGCAGAACGAGAGCAGAAUCGUCGGGAAGAGGAUAAUGAUCAGACAGAGGAGUCGUCGAAUAGCGGUGUCAAUGUGGCCCGCGAUCCACAACCGGGCACGAGCGGGAUGUCCGGCCGAUCGGCUAGAGGCAGCGAAUUGGGAGGCAUGUUCCGGCUGAAUGUAACAAUGCGAGAAAUGAUGUCGUCCGUGGAAUCGCACAGAGAGCCCGCUGUUGGUAGUAAUGAGGCCAAUGCUAACGCGGAAGGUAACGUUGAUCCACAACCGUCCGGAAGUCGCAGCAAUUUGGUUACUUCGAGAUCAUCACCACCGCACGAAGCGCAGCAUGUUGAAGUAGGCCCAAGCGGACAGCAACCACCCGCAGCAAACGUACGUCGACAGAAUGGUCGCGGCAGACGCGUUAUGAUUACAAGACGAAACCUGCGCUCUGAAAAUGCUAGCACCGACGUUUGGGCCACAGAGGUAACGUUCCGGGAGCGUAAGAACAUGCCGAGCCCACAGGUACGCAACAACCGCGGCCAAAUCUACGGCAUUGUAUCGGGUGUUAGCUCGUCCGCUAGCACCGGUUACACCGGUGCGGGUAGGAAGCGAGCAAACGAAAAGAUUUGUAAAAAUGUACCCCGUAUGCUUUAUUACAUACAAGAAACGAUCACAGAUCAGGGAUUCAUCAGAGAGUCCUGCUUUUCGCCCGACGGUCGUAUUAUCUGCUCGCCGCAUGACCACGGUUUUCGUCUGCUGGCGUUUAACGAGAAUUGUAACGAACUGCAACAUGCGACGGGAAUUUGGCGGAACGAGAAGGCACAGCAGUUGCAUGAGGUUAAGCGCAAGCAGUGUCACUCGUCCCUGGUUGUGAGCAGUCAGUUUAGCCCACGGUUUCCUUUGCUUGUAACGGGUUGCCUGCUGGGCAAAAUUGUCUGGCAUCAACCGGCACUGUACUAGCGGAGGGAGUAAAAGCGGAGGCAAUAAAAUGUAAGGAGUAUGCAUUCGAACAUGCCAACAUGAA